CACGUGAGCGCCGCCGCCCACCUGACCUGGGCUCGCGCUAGUCGGCCCGCUGGGGCGGUCACCGGCGGGCCAUGGCCGGCUCCGGGCUGUGGCUGUCGCUGCUGCUGGCGGCAGCGUUCGCUGGCCGGGCGGCGCCCGUGUGGCCCUGGCCCCAGUACAUCCAGACGUCCGGCCGGCACUACACCCUGUACCCGAACAGCUUCCAGUUCCGCUACCAUGUGAGCUCGGCCGUGCAGCCGGGCUGCGCCGUCCUCGACCAGGCCUUCCAGCGCUACCGGGAGCUGCUGUUCGGGGCCGGGUCCUGGCCGCGUCCCAGCCUCUCGGGAAAGUGGCACACGUCUGAGAAGAACAUGCUGGUUGUGUCUGUGGUCUUGCCGGGGUGUGACCAGUUUCCUACCUUGGAGUCGGUGGAGAACUACACUCUGACCAUAAACGAUGACCAGUGUUUGCUCGUCUCUGAGAGCGUCUGGGGAGCACUCCGAGGUCUGGAGACCUUCAGCCAGCUUGUCUGGAGAUCAGCCGAGGGCACGUUCUACAUCAACAAGACAGAGAUCGAUGACUUCCCCCGCUUCCCGCACCGGGGCUUGCUUCUGGACACAUCUCGCCAUUACCUGCCGCUCUCCAGCAUCCUGGACACUCUGGAUGUCAUGGCAUACAACAAAUUCAACGUCUUCCACUGGCACCUGGUCGAUGACCCUUCCUUCCCGUACGAGAGCGCCACCUUCCCCGAGCUCACCAGAAAGGGCUCCUACAACCCUGUCACUCACAUCUACACAGCGCAAGACGUGAAGGAAGUCAUCGAGUACGCGCGGCUCCGGGGAAUCCGUGUGCUGGCAGAGUUUGACACUCCCGGCCACACUCUGUCCUGGGGACCAGGCAUCCCUGGAUUGCUGACUCCUUGCUACUCUGGGGCCCAGCCCUCAGGCUCUUUCGGGCCUGUGAACCCCAUCCUCAACAACACCUACGAGUUCAUGAGCAUGUUCUUCCUGGAGGUCAGCUCUGUUUUCCCGGAUUUCUAUCUUCACCUUGGCGGAGACGAAGUUGACUUCUCCUGCUGGAAGUCCAACCCGGACAUCCAGGACUUCAUGAAAAAGAAGGGCUUCGGCAGCGACUUCAAGCAGCUUGAGUCCUUCUACAUCCAGACGCUGCUGGACAUCGUCUCCGAUUACGGCCGAGGCUACGUGGUGUGGCAGGAAGUGUUUGACAACAAAGUGAAGGUUCGGCCAGACACCAUCAUCCAGGUGUGGCGGGAAGAGACUCCCGUGCCCUACAUGAAAGAGCUGGAGCUGAUCACCAACGCCAGCUUCCGGGCCCUGCUCUCCGCCCCCUGGUACCUGAACCGCAUCUCCUACGGCCCUGACUGGAAGAACUUCUACACAGUGGAGCCCCUGGCAUUUCAGGGUACGCCGGAGCAGAAGGCCCUGGUGAUCGGUGGAGAGGCCUGCAUGUGGGGAGAGUACGUGGACAGCACAAACCUGGUCCCCAGGCUCUGGCCCAGAGCGGGUGCUGUAGCCGAGAGGCUGUGGAGCAGUGAGCUGAUGACAGACACGGAAUUUGCCUUCCAGCGGUUGUCACACUUCCGCUGUGAGUUGCUGAGACGAGGGGUCCAGGCCCAGCCCCUCAACGUAGGCUACUGUGAACAAGAGUUUGAGCCGACCUGAGCCAGCAGCCCCAGCACCGUGGAGGGUGCUGGCCUUAGGAGCUUCCGCUGCAUCCCAGCUGGGCACGGAGCCCCCUGCCCACGAGCCCCAGUGCCCGGAGAGAAGGGGGCCAGUGCUGGCGCUAGCAUUCAAUAAAGAGGGAUGUGGCAUUUUCCUGUCA